CUGAGAGAUCGCUGCUACGAGGUGCCGAGUCUCACCCAUCCGACAUCACCUGCAGCUGGGCGGGACUCGACCACAUAUAUGCCGCUCCUCAGUAGAACGGGACCGCUGUGCAGGACCAUCUGAACCGGACGCCGUGCAGGACUACCUGGACCGAACCGCUAUUGGACCGUUUACUGGACCGCUACAUGAUCAUGUACUGAGCCGGACCGGACCUUAAUAGGACCAUGUACGCCGCUGGAUCGCUGUAGGACCAUAUUGAGCUGGACCGCUAUAGGACCUUGUACUGAGCCGGACCGCAAUAGGACCAUGUACUGAGCUGGACCGCCCCAGGACCAUGUACUGAGCCGGACCGCUACAGGACUGCCUUUAUAAGCUCCGUCGGACCGGCAGGAGCCUUCCGUCCGCCGGUCCAUGCCGAUGUUGUGGGCUGACGUGGACGACAGUGUCAAACAAGGACAAUUCCUCUUUUAUAAAGAUUCUCCGUGUUCUGUUGUUGCCGACGGGAGGGCGUAGGGCGUUUCUCCGGUAGACCCCCGUGCUGCCGGGCCUUGGACCGGGGAACGUCUCCUCACAGCAGGGCGUCCACCACCAUGCCUGCCGUGUAACGGGCGGUGGAUUCUCCUCUACGAGUACGCGGAAGGUGGUUGUCCGUCCUAAGGAAGAGUUAUUAUGGGCUGUCUUGGAGGGGGCAGUCAGACAGAGGACCAACGUCUGGACGAGAAGAAUCGGAGAGAGGCCAACAAGAAGAUCGAGAAGCAACUUCAGAAAGAGCGCCAGUCGUAUAAAGCAACGCACAGACUCCUGCUGCUAGGAGCAGGUGAGUCCGGGAAGAGUACCAUCGUCAAGCAGAUGAGGAUUCUCCACGUUGACGGUUUCGAUGAUGAGGAGAAGAAGGAGAGGGGGCAAGACAUCAGGAAGAAUGUAAAGGACGCCAUCGUGGCGAUCAUAACAGCUAUGGGCACUCUGACUCCCCCUAUCCCAGUGGGUAACCCUGCCAACCAACCCAGAAUCGACUACAUCAAGAGCAUCGCACCGCUCUCUGACUUCGAAUACACUGAGGAGUUCUUUGAGAACGUGGACAAGCUGUGGGUGGACGAGGGCGUGAAGGUGUGCUUCGAGCGCUCAAACGAGUACCAGCUCAUCGACUGUGCUCAAUAUUUUCUGGAGAAGUUGGAUCAUAUCAGAAGCGUUGACUACAUUCCGACCGAUCAGGAUCUUCUGCGCUGCCGAGUUCUGACUUCAGGGAUCAUUGAGACCAGGUUUCAAGUGGAUAAAGUCAACUUUCAUAUGUUUGACGUUGGAGGGCAAAGAGAUGAACGGAGGAAAUGGAUUCAGUGCUUUAACGAUGUGACAGCCAUCAUCUUUGUAGCAGCUAGCAGCAGUUACAACAUGGUGAUCAGAGAGGAUAACUCGACCAACCGGCUUCGAGAAUCACUGGACCUUUUUAAAUCCAUCUGGACAAACCGGUUUCUGAAGACGAUCUCGGUCAUUCUGUUCCUGAACAAACAGGACAUGCUGGCCGAUAAGAUCCUGGCGGGAAAGUCCAAACUAGAGGACUACUUCCCUGACUACGCCCAGUACACCCAGCCCGUGGAUGCUUUACCAGAUGCUGGUGAGGACCCGUUGGUGACGAGAGCAAAAUUCUUCAUAAGAGACCAGUUUCUGACAAUCAGCACAGCCAGUGGAGAGGGGAAGCACUACUGCUAUCCCCACUUCACCUGCGCCGUGGACACGGAGAACAUCCGCAGAGUCUUCCAGGACUGUCGAGACAUCAUCCAGCGCAUGCACCUCCGACAGUACAUGUCGGAGGUCAUCCUAAUGCCCUGCAACCUGCUUACCUGUCCAGGUAGAGGGCAGAGGUCAUCUUAAUGCUCUCCGACUGGCUAACCCAUCCAGGUAGGGGUCAUCUUAAUGCUCUCCGACUGGCUAACCCAUCCAGGUAGGGGGUCAGAGGUCAUCUUUAAUGCUCAUCGACUGUCUAACCCAUCCAGGUAGGGGUCAGAGGUCAUCCUGCAUGAACACUGAAUGAUGGAUGGACGAACCAGUUGAACUCUCCAUUCUAAAGUUCAAAAGAGUUUUUUUUACAACCUUAGCAUUCGAUUUAUAAACAAAAGGGUCUGUGGGUUUAUUUAUAUAUUUAAAUACAGAUAGGGAGCCCUCUUUAUUUAUUUGUAUAUAAAGGAUGUAGCUUUAACAGAUGCUUCAUGUUAUACAAAGUGGUGGUGUUUAUUUUCAAGCAUGUUUCGACCAGCUGUCGGCUGGGAUUAUUAACUACACUAGUCAAAGAUAACUACUAGUCCAGGAUUCUUAUAUGAUAUCACGCAAGCCUGUUACUGACAUAGUGACUCCUGGACAGCUGAACGUAGUGCUACAUACAGGUGGAGUUUGUUUUGAAGGGAAUUGUAAUAUACCGCCAGCUGGGCUUACAAAACGUGUUUCUGAAUAGCUCAACAUGUCCAAUUAACUCACUCAACAUGUUAUCAAUUUACUCAACCUGUCCAAUUAAAUAACUUGAAUUAACCCGGUCAGCAUGCCAUGUUACCAUACUCAAAAUUUGACGUUAACCAACAUGUUAUGUCAACUAUCUCAACAUGUCAUGUUGACUAACUGAACGUCUCGCGUUAACAGUUGACGUGUACAAACAUGUAUAUGCAUUUACGGUGCAGAGUGCAUGGUUUAGAGAGCAUCCUUAUAGAUUGAGGUUUUUGCGUGUGCUCUCUUGACACGUAUUUACGUGUGCACAGAGCAUCGUGUAAAACCAGAGCAUCGUGUAAAACCUCUCUCCAUUAUUUCAUAGGACAAUCGGAAUGUUGUUGAUGACAUGUACAACGUUUAUUCUCUCGGCAUGUUAGUGUCCCCCAUGUCUCUGCCCAAGGCACAGCCCGCUUCGUUCUAGUUGGAGCUCAACGGUUAAAUGUUAAACUACAGUACAGGGAAACUCCAUUGUUGAGUUCGGGUAGGCAAGUUGGAGAAACCCACUAGAGUAGGCUCGAUUUAGAGUUUCCAACUGAAAUAAUUCCAUUAUCCUUUCAGGCCACACCCCCAAAUCACUGGCUCGCUAGCUUUAGCAGUAGGUCUGCCAAGCCUUAUGGUAGAGUUGGUCAAUCGCAAUGAGGCCACAGGCAGAGUGUGUGAAGGCAGCCGGGUAGGUAGGUAGGUAGACAGACUGUUAUGCCGCCCAAUCAUUUAAUUCGCCCAGAAUGAAGUGAUUUGGUGUGCUCAUUAAUGACCGGCAACGGCCACUGAUACCAUAUAUAUUUCCUAUUGUUUCAGAGCAUUUGACUAAUGCCUCUAAAAUGAAUUGCUUAAAACAGCGUUAAAUACAAACCGUGGUUAGCUGCUUACUUGUUGUUGAAACUCAAAUGUUUAAUAGAAACGGUACAGUUAGCUGAUAACUUGUAGGUGAAACUCAAAUCUUAAAUUUAAACGGUACAGUUAGCUGCUUGAUUGUAGUUGAAACUCAACUCAUAAAUAUAAACAGUAGAGCUGCUAACUUGGAGGUGAAAUCCAACUGGUUAAUGUAGAAGGUACAGUUAGCCAGGGUUCGAGUUAGGUGGGAGCCAGUGGGAGCUGAGCUCCCAUAGAGAGAGGUCUGGCUCCCAUGAAAGCAGCAAGCUCAAAUAUCUGUGGGGGUCUCUGAAAAUACAGCCGCAUAAUAUUGUAAUUACAAAUAAAGCUAUUUACCCUUCCACAUACAGAGUAAUAUUGACGUUGAGUAAAGGAUAAUGGAACGCCGGUCAUUAUCGGGAAAAUAAGCCCAGACAGGGCGAA